CUAUCCGCAGCGGCAUUUUCGCCACUCGCCAUUCCGCUGUUACAAAAUUCAUCUGCUAGCUCUGUGCCUUUCCGCUCGCUCUCCGCGACCCUUCUGGAGCAAAAAGCGAGAUCGGCGCGGCGGGAGCGCCCAGAGAGAGGGAAGUGGAAAGCAGCAGAGACAGGAGGAAUCUGCGGCCGCGGAGCAGCAGGCGGCUGUGCCCAGCGGCUGCCGGGACAAGAUGGCGGCUCUAAGCAAGCAGUAUGGGCUUAUUAUGCCCAAGAAAUUGCAGCAGAAGAAUCUGGCUUCUAACAAGCUCUCAGUGUUUGCAGAUGACUCUGAUGAUGAGCCAUCCGUUGGUGAAAGUCUUCAGAAAGAGGCAUUGAAGAAGCAGGCAAUGAAGCAGACAAAGUUGGAAAUUCAGAAGGCUUUGUCAGAAGAUGCUACAGUAUAUGAAUAUGACAGUAUCUAUGAUGAGAUGCAGCAGAAGAAGAAAGAAAGUAGUGCCAGGCUAUUAUCAGGGAGAGACGAAAAAAAGCCCAGAUACAUCCACAAUAUCCUCAAAGCAGCUGAGAUUAGGAAGAAGGAACAAGAAAAAAGAAUGGAAAGAAAAAUUCAGAAAGAGCGUGAAAUGGAGGGAGGAGAAUUUGCUGACAAAGAGGCUUUUGUGACUUCAGCCUAUAAGAAGAAGCUGCAAGAGAGGGCUGAGGAGGAGGAAAGAGAAAGAAGAGAGGCAGCUCUGGAGGCAUACCUGGAUGUGACCAAACAGAAGGACCUCAGUGGGUUCUACAGACAUCUCUUAAACCAGAGGGUAGGGGAAGAAGAGGUGCCAAAGUGCAGCUUCCGUGAAGCCAGGAUAAAGGAAGAUAAAUCUGACAGUUGUUAUGAUGAAUCCAGCCAAAGGAGCAAAGGCCCAUAUGAAAGACAAAGGCUCAAACCUUCUGCUAAAGAAGAAGAUAAUCCAGAUGCUGAUACUGACUUAGAAAGUGAUAGUAAUGAUGAGAAGAGACAUAAAUCUGUUAAAGUGAGUUUGAAAAAGAAGAAAAGGAGAGCCUCCUCUGAGAGCAGCGAGGAGGAGACUAAACGUCACAAGAGCCAGAGGCAUUCCAGGUCACCGAGUUCGUCCAGUGCGGAGGAAGAGCUGCGCACAAAAGACCAGACAAACCAUGUUACAAAGAAGGGAGAGGGCAGACCAAGCAGAAAGGGCUGUGAUGAACAAUGCAGGGGAAAAGACUAUCAGAGAAGUAGGACCCAUGAAAAGGAUCACCAGAAGGAAAAGGAAGAGCGACACAGAUAUGGGGAUCACACUGGUAAAGACUAUUACAGGAGAAGGGAAGAGCAAGAUGAUAAACAAAGGGAGAAGGAAAGAAAAGAGAGGGAGGGGCAUGGUAGAGAAUGGAGGAAGGCAAAGGAGAGAGAGGAGAAGUGUUCGGAAAAGGAACGAGAAAAAGAAAGAAUAAGAAGUGGUAAAGAUAGAUCCAGUGACAGAGAGAAGGAAAGAGGGGAGAAAUGCAGAGAGAAGGAAGAUCGUUCAAAGGAGAGGAGAGAGAAAGCUAGUAGUGAUGAAAAAUACAGGGACAGGAGGGAAAGCAGUCCUGCAGCUUUAGAAAACGAUGACACUGAUCUGGAAAAGGAGAGAAAGGGAAGAGAGAGAGAGGUGGAUGAGAAGAAAAGCUCCAGCUCUGGGAAUUUGUCUGGGCAGAAACGUAAGGAUGGAGAAGGGGAGAAAGAGGAGAAAGAACAGACACAAAAACCAGCUGAGAGCAUGAGCAAAUUUGCCAAACGGAGCAAUGAAGAGACUGUCAUGUCAGCAAGGGACCGGUACUUGGCAAGGCAGAUGGCACGUGUUGGUGCUAAAUCUUACAUUGAGAAAGAAGAAGAUUAAUGUCACUGUAGUGGACAAAAACUCUUGGUUUCUCAACCAAGAGGAAAAUCCGCUGCUUCAUGGACGUUUGUACAGAAGAGCUUCCUAUUUAUUUUUAGGUUUCAUAAAAUACAUUUUAUGUGCUAUAGUAGAAAGCCCAUAUCUUUUGAAAUGGAUUCAUUGAUCACUUGAUGCACACCCUCCAUCAGUUUGUGCAGUCAAAGUAUUAAAUUUGUCUAAAUCAGUCCAGCUUUGUCUUCAGUAUUUUUCAUCUGAAGAUUCUGGGGAGUUAUAGGAAUACUGAACAGCUCAGGUGAGAAUGCUCCCACAGGCAGCUCCUAUCCUCUGCAGUUGGAUCAGAAUGAACUCCUAAGCUCUUAAUGCUUUGAGAGUCUCAGGCCUUACCAAGAGUUAUCAGCACCCAGCAAUGCUCUCAAAAAUCAUAAACACCUGUAAAAGAGGGGAAAAUGGCAACGGAACAGCCUGGAAAACAAUCCCUGUAUGUAACGUGGUGUUUUGUAAGCUAAUGCAUAUUGACAUAUGGAUUUUGUAAAUACGUUUGGGUUUAGUUUUAGGGACCUGAUGUACAGAAAUAAAGUGCAAGGUACAUACUGUG